AUGCUUCUCUCAUGUGAUGACAAAAUACUUGGGCUCCUGGACUCUCUUACUGAGAACUUGGGAAGGAGAUACUCGUCACUUGUGCAUAGUGACUUGCUUGACUACCUGGACAGGCUUAACCACUUAUUGGAGGAUUCUCCCAUUGUUCCAGGACUGUUAAUGCAGUGGAGGUCUGACAUAAACUUGAUUAGUGUGUAUAUUCUGGGAAGUGAAACAGCUAAAAAGGCAGUAGAAGAUUCGGAAGAAAAGAAAACAGUUCAGUCAAAGAAAAAGAUUAAAGAAUUAAGAAUUUUGGAUGGAAAAACCGCACAAAAUUUAUCAAUAUUUUUGGGUUCUUUCCGUUUGCCUUAUGAAGAAAUAAAAAAUAUAAUUUUAGAAGUUGAUGAAGAGAAGCUGAGUGAAUCCUUGAUUCAGAAUCUAGUGAAGAAUCUUCCUGAGCAGAAAGAACUCAAUGCCUUAGCCGAAUUAAAGGAUGAAUAUAACGAUCUUGCUGAGUCAGAACAGUUUGGAGUUGUGAUGAGUUCAGUGAAAAUGUUGCGGUCACGUCUCAAUGGGAUCCUUUUCAGACUCAUGUUUGAAGAGCACGUAAACAAUAUCAAACCUGACAUUAUGGCGGUUACACUGGCUUGCGAAGAGCUGAAGAAAAGUGAAAACUUCAGUAAGCUUUUAGAAUUAGUUCUGUUCCUUGGGAACUACAUGAACUCUGGCUCCAGAAACGCACAGUCUCUUGGUUUUAACAUCAGUUUUCUUUGCAAGAUUCGAGAUACUAAAUCAUCAGAUCAGAAAACUACCCUGUUGCAUUUUCUGGCAGAAAUCUGUGAGGAGAAUUACCGGGACAUCUUAAAAUUUCCAGAUGAAUUGCAGCAUGUUGAGAGAGCAAGUAAAGUUUCAGCCCAGACUCUGAAGAGCAACCUUGAUUCAAUGAACCAGCAGAUCCAGCGCCUAGAAAAAGACAUUGAGAACUUCCCUAAAACACAAGAUGAACAUGAUAAAUUUGUAGAAAAGAUGAGCAGCUUUGCUGAGAGUGCUCGAGAGCAAUAUGAAAAAUUGUCCAACAUGCACAACAACAUGACUAAAUUGUAUGAAAGUUUGGGAGAAUACUUUACCUUUGAUCCCAAAGCAAUAAGCAUAGAAGAAUUCUUUGGUGAUCUGAGCAACUUCAGAACUCUGUUUUUGGAGGCGCUAAAAGAAAACAACAAAAGAAGAGAACUGGAGGAGAAAACAAAGAGAGCCAAAUUGGCUAAAGAGAAGGCUGAACGAGAGAAACUGGAGCGACAGGCAAAGAAGCAGAAGUUGAUUGAUAUGAACAAAGAGGGCGAUGAGACAGGAGUGAUGGAUAGUCUGCUUGAGGCCUUGCAGUCAGGAGCAGCAUUCAGAGAUCGCAGGAAACGAACACCAAGAGCACAAG